AUGCCUAGAAAGGCAUUCAUUCGCGACCUCAAGGAGGCAUCUGCACCUGGGGCCUUCUCAGGGCUCACAAAUGUGAAGCCUGGUGAGGAUGAUGGAACGUUGUCCUGCUCUCUGACCCUCAGUGAGAGCCCUCAGCAAUCUGUCAAUAUUGAGUUUAUGGUAACAGAUAUCUCACUCUACCCAGAAGGACAUGAGUUUCUUAUCUACACCACCUCGGAUGAUGUUCCAAAGUAUGUUACAGAGGUACUGGGACAAGCUCAACGGGGCAUCAGCCGUUUAGAGAUUCCUGAUAUGCUCUCGCAACUAAGCUACAACCUCCAGAAGAAGCUGAAAUUGAAGGCUGAAACCGGCGAUGCUAUCGAUGAUAACUGUGAUAUUCAAAAUGACGGUGAAGCCACCUUAUUCUCAGAAGUGGAGGACCCCCUCGCAGAUUUCAAUGAUGACGGAGAUGGAUGGUCUCCAGAUUCAGAGCAACCGAAUACUCAAGGAUCGUGCAAAAGCAAAGAUUUGGAAUAUUCAGAAGACGAGAUGGAGGAACUGGUUUACAAGUUAUCAGUAGACUUGAAGACAACAAAGUUGGCCGGUUUCCGCGUUGGAUAUCUUGGACACAAAACAACCCCUAUAGUCUCACUCUCAUGCCGAAUCUCGAAGCUUGGAAUAUCAGAGGAUGCGAUGAAAGCAUGGCAUGUCAAAGAGCAGCAAUAUCUGGUCUGCUUGAUCCGCUACAUUGGGAAAUACCAAUCCUUUGAAGAGCUCCUGCUCGAGGACCAGGAAACUGGAAAGUCUUCUGUCGAAAUGCGCGUUGGCCUCUGCGAUGUGUAUAAACCUACUUUGGAAAGUGCCCUCAUUGUGUUUGGCCAAGUUGGUCUGGGAGGCAAGACUUCCAUGGCUGUGGAGGCUGGAGGUGGAGAGAUGGUACAUUCCUUCAUUAGCAAGCCGCUGAAUGCGCUUCUAAACGAACGAUUCGUGAAGAUAUUGCGUUAUAGGAACAAUUUCGGCCAGACCUGGUCUGGGGCAGAGCGAUUUUUUAAUGAAUUCCAAGGAAAACCUAUUGGUAAUUCAGACCCCGUUCACACCAGUUACCAGGAACCUGAUAUCCCGGAAGAAAAGGCCGCCACGUUCCCGGACAUUUUGAAGUCGGAUCAUUUCAUGGAGACGAAAGCAUUAGGAGCGUCCUUCCCCCUCAUAACAAUGCAAUUCACGCUUCGCCAUUUCGUACGAUGUACGGAAUUUUGUCUUGUCUGCCAUUGCAAAACCAAUGACACGUUCGAGGCAAUCAAGCCCUACGUUUGCUCUAAGAGCUUGUGUUUAUUCCAGUACAUGACUCUCGGGUUUGGGCCCAGCCUUGAGUGGGAGAUCAUUGCGCAACCAUACGUCGUCGACUUGCUGAUCAGCUUUACUUAUUCCAGCGCAUUUCGAGGCCGUAUUGUCGACAUGCCAACUGGGCUUGGGCUUCUGGUUCCAGCCGGUAUUGUGGAAGCACGGAACCCCCAUUUAUUCGGUAAUUUUAAACUGCCUUCUCCAGAUGAAGACCCUAUAUCGCACCGUGGUGUAGUAUACUUCGACCGGUCAACAAUGGCGAUGAAGUUUCCUAUCAACUAUUCACAGGAUGUUCGCCGAGUGCGUGUAGGCGACUGGCUUGUCGUCCUCGAUGGUUCAGAUCACCUCCACUGCCGCGUGAUUGAUGCGUCUACAUGGCCUAUAGUUGAGCUUUCUGACCCCAUCAAUGUAUCGACAAGGCCGGCGGCAAGCCGUUCCCUGGCACCCCCGAAGUCGACAUCAGGUUUUAAGCAAGUCUUAAUUGUCUGGUAUGAUCAGAACUUUGACAACCUUAGCGAAAGGUCGCAGCAUUUUAUGAUAGUGACCCUACUUGAUACCCUUCCAACGGUCACCGAAAUGAAAGAGUACUUGAUGGAGAACUCUAGAGGCUCCCAUCAUACCCUUGGAAAUUGGAAAAAUAGGAUUUCUAAGCCUGCUCUCGAUAUUUUGCGGUGGAUAGUUGCAUCAAAUCGAUCCUGCAUCAUCCAAGACGAUCCAGACCCUACCGACAAUGAUACCGUCACACCCAUAGUCAAUAGUGACCGUGUCGGGGGAAUUGCUGGCUAUAUGCAAUUCCGCCUUGCUCAGGGGGCGCCAGACAAGGAAGAACGGUUUUCCCAGGCCGUUAUGUUCGCAAAGGAAAGACUGAAAAAACGCCAGGCUACACUUUUUGCCUGGCAUGGUAGCCAUCUCUCUAAUUGGCACGGUAUUUUACGAGAGGGUUUGCAUUUCAAGGAAAUUGUAAAUGGACGGGCAUAUGGAAAUGGUGUCUAUAUGAGUCCAUAUUUUUCUACUUCCGCAGGGUACGUCAGUGCUGCGACAUCCUGGGAUCCCCUUUCGGGGCCCCAUUCAGGAACUGAAACAUGGCCUGGCAGUAAGCUGGGGGUUUGCAGCGCGAUAUCAUUGAAUGAAGUGGUGAAUUGCCCCGAAGAAUUCGUGAGCACUGCUCCACAUCUGGUUAUAUCUCAGUUGGACUGGAUUCAAGCUAGAUAUCUAUUUGUGCGCUGUUCUCUUAACAAAGACAUGGGAACGUAUGCGCCUGCUGCGACAAAUCAGCUCCCAUAUUACGAGCAAGACCCGAGUUACGUGGCACAGGGCCCAGAUCAUAAACCGAUCAUCAUUCCCUUGUCUGCUUUCAGUCAACAACGGCGUCUUGCUCUUGGAAUAAGAGCUGGCAACCCUCCUCCAGAAAAACCGAAUGUCGCACCGGGGAUCGCAACUAUGGUCGAUACUACGACAGCCGCACCAGUAGCUGAGGUAUCUCCUACACCAUCUAAACGGCAAAAACUGUUUAUCUGGACUGGAAACUCCUUCUCCAAAGGCGUGGGGGCUGAACCGAAGGACGUAGAUUCGGAAAAUUCGGAUCCUAACUCUCCCACGAGAGCUCAUAUUCCAGACCAGGCACCACGUAUAUCUCCAUUGCCCACGCAAAUGGAUGCAGACGGAUAUAUCAGCGAGGACACAGACGUCGAGGAUCUCGAUAUUAUCAUACGGGCCAAUGACAUUGAUAUCAAGCGAGCCAGCCGCAAGCAACCCCAGGAGGCUCCAAAAGACAUCAGUAAUGGUAAAGAUAAGGGUAAAUGCAAAGCUCAAAACGAAACCCACUUUAUCCCCGGAAUCCUCAACCCAGCAACUCUCCCUGUGAUGGCAGCUCCAACCUAUGCCACACCAUCUGCAACAGCUUCUCUUCAGCGUGAGCUACGAGUAGCGCUUCGUACCCAAGAGAACGAACCACUCGCUGAUCUAGGCUGGUACAUCGACCCCAAUCUAAUCAAUACCGUCUACCAAUGGAUCGUUGAACUGCAUUCCUUCGACCCCUCGCUUCCCUUGGCAAAAGAUAUGCAAAUGGCCGAUAUCAAGUCCGUGGUCCUCGAACUCCGAUUUCCUCAACAGUAUCCAAUCUCUCCACCGUUUGUGCGUGUCAUUCGCCCCCGAUUCCUGGGUUUUCAAAGCGGCGGAGGCGGCCAUGUUACUGCUGGUGGUGCACUGUGUAUGGAACUCCUGACCAAUUCUGGAUGGUCUGCUGUGUCUAGUAUUGAAAGUGUCUUGCUGCAGGUGCGAAUGGCGAUUUCUAGCACGGAACCCCAGCCAGCGAGACUAGUCUCCGGACAAGAUGCUAGAAGAGGGAAGGUAAUGGAUUAUGGUGUUGGAGAGGCUGUGGAGGCGUAUAUUCGGGCCUGUAGGAUGCAUGGUUGGCAGAUUCCCGCCGAUUUUGAACAAGAGGCCAAGUGUGGAUGGAUUUACGCAGAUGAUUCGACCUCCAGAAAUUAA